AUGCGAACGACAGAGUAUAUUAGGUGCGCGACAAUUUAGAAAGAAAUCAAGACAAGCGGCAUGUGGUUCAUCAUGCUCUCAGUGGCGUCCGUAGCGGGGGCCGCGUCUGCCGUGAGGUGCGAGGAGGCGAGACUGAAGUGCGCCUAUCGAGUGGGCUGCGGCAUGGCGCUCCAGAACUACCUCACGGGCUGCUCGGCCGUGCUGGAGGGGAAUGCGUUUCCCAGUCGCUGCCCGGAGAUAUGCCAGCACUCCCUGACCGCGUUGACGUCCACGGAAGAGGGAAAACACUUGAUGAAUUGUGAAUGCAGUGACCAAUUCUGCGAAAACCAAAAACGUCGCACCGACAUCUGCCGCCCAGCUGUGAUGCAGUCCAUAAACGCCCAAGUGGUGCCCUGCAGGGUAGCGCAAUGGAUCUGCGCAGCAGACGCCCUUUGUUCCAAGGCGUUCGAGUACUACAACGACUACUGCAAGGCCAUGUUCCACGGGAAGAAGUGCACCGCGAGGUGCAACAACUCGAUCGGCAUCUUGAGGAGGCAGGAGAAGGCUGCCAAGUUGAAGACGUGUAAAUGUGAUGGUUUAGAGGACUACGACUGCCAUGGUAUCCAGAGGAAUAUGGACAAACUCUGCUUCCACAAGCACCACAGACACCACAACAGAACGCGCAUUCCCAUCAAAGUAGAAGAACCUGCAGUUACCAGCAGAAACAACGAAGUUGAAAUUGUGCCAUCCGUCAUCAUGGUCGGUAAUGGAGCGAUGCCAGUGCUCAGUUGGACGGCGCUGCUAGUAACAGUAGCAGCACUGGUAACUUGA